UUCAUGCUUGUACAGGGAGAUGCUGAUAAAAAGAUUUGGGUUGAUUUCCAGCAACGUGUAGCCAAAGCCCCUGAACAAGUUCUAAGAUAUUCCCGGAGCUCUGGUGCUAAACCUCUUUGGCCAAUGGCAAGCGGACGAGCCUCUAAAUCUGAGAUACCCAAUUGCAAAUCUUGUGGUGGUUCUCUUUGUUUUGAAUUUCAGGUAAUGCCGCAGCUACUGUUCUUCUUCGGCGGGAAGAACGAUAGGGAAUCUCUCGAUUGGGCAACAAUUGUGGUGUACACGUGUGCGAACUCAUGUGACUCGAGCUUAAGUUACAAGGAAGAGUUCGUCUGGGUUCAACUAUAUAGUCAGACAACUUAGAAUAUUCUCCUCUGUUUCUGUUCCUUGCUUGCUGUUGCCUCGAAAGUUUUGUUCCUAAAGGAUCCGAUCGAACCGAACCUAGUAUUUGUAAACUUUUCAUGGGUUUUUAAAAUUUUAAAAUUGCUUCGUCUA